GUUCCACUUCGCGUUACGAAUUUGCAUUAUAAAGGAGGCUGUAGCUCCAUCAACGUCACCUGGAAUGCACCAUCACGUGACGCCGAGGGUGGAAUAGUGACAGGGUACCUUGCACAGAUAAAAGAAGUCAGUUCUAAAGAACCAUGGUUUAACUGGACAACAAAUAACGUUUCUCAGUCAACUCAGUCAUGUCUAUUUACCCAACUUAAGCAAGAGCGCGAGUAUCAUAUAAGAGUAAUGGGACAGAACAACAUGGGAUAUGGUUGGCCUUCUGAGAUGUCAAAAGUAUCUACGAUUCAAGCAGGUUAUUAG